UCAGUAUAAGUUAAACCACCCCCGUCAAUGGCUGAGCUUGAAGUGUUAUUUACAAGUUGAUAACGUCAAUUUCGAGAGAAAAAAAACCAUGUAAAAAUCAAACAAACUAAUGUUCCUUCAAUUCAAGUUUAAUUCUGUAGUAAUCCGUGAAAUUGUUAUUGUUAUGUAACAAUUUGAAUCGUAGUCAGAGUUUCAUCACAGUAUUGAUUUGCUUACUCAGUGGUUUUGUUUGUAUUUUUGUUAAGUUUUGUGGUCUUUCAACAGUAACGUACUUUGAUAUCUCGAUUCAACGCUGGGCACUUAUUAACGUGAAAUACUAUAAAAAAUAAUUUUCCUAUUGUUAUUAAUGUCACAGUUAUUUUUAUCAUUGUCACUGCUGUUGUUAAUAUUGUAUAAUAAAGUAAAUCGUAAUUUUAUAUUCAAAAGAGUGAAGGGUGAAAGGUGAUUUGUUGAACAUUUUCUGUAUAUAUGUUGCGAAAAUCGAUUCCAACUUGAAAGUUAGAAUACCAGUGGGUGAAAUUUUAAAUUAACGUGUUCAAAAAAUAUUUUCGGUAUAAUAUUUUUAUGAUGUUCAAAAAUGAAGUGUUGUAAUAUUAACUAAUUUAUAAUCUAAAUACGUGCGGUCAAUUCAAGGUAGAUCAAUAAUCUUGCUCUAAAAAUUCCAAAUUGGACGCAAAAAAUUUAAAAAGGUAGCAUAAAAAAAAUUGGUAACUAACAAAGAAUCGUUUAAAGCUUUCGUAAUUUUCAUACUUAAAAGGUUGCUGAUAUCAGGAUAUCUAAAAUAAAUAUGCUUAAGACACACUCAAUCAUAACAAAUACCAGUUACUCUUGAUCAUAAGCAGCCGUGGAAAAAGAGUGACUCGACUCUGUCGAAGAAUGUCUUCUAUAUCGGCACAAGGUGUUGUUGAAAGGGCGAGUGCUGAAUUAACCAAAAGAAUCAACGGUUUGGGUCUGCGCGCAUCGAAGCACCAUGGCGGGGGGAAGACCAGCGUCAUGGAACGCGUCACAAACGUAUUUUGCGGAGGCGGAGGAGGCACAAAUACAAACUUGCAAACGUCGAACGUGAAUGUCACCCCUGAUAAACCGAGCAGAGGUGGACCUAUGCCUGGUGGCACACCCACCAGCGGCAAUAUCAAGGGCUUGAACAAUGGAACGACAAAUCGAGGCCGCACACUUCGAAAUAGAGCAAAAAACGUACCUCUAGUCAGUGGCGGUACAGGAGGGUACGCAACUCCAGCUACUUGGGAACAGCUAAUCCAGGAUGACCAUUUCCUAGGUCGCUUCUUUUUGUACUUCACCGCCGGUGAAAGAAGGGUCUUGGCACAGGUUUGUUCGAGAUGGAGAGACGUUCUUUACGCCAGACCAAGGCUUUGGGCCGGGUUGGUUCCAGUAGUACGAUGUCGGGAGGCCCGAGUUAUGGCUUCUAGUUCACGAACUCGUCUUUAUGCAUCUUUAGUAAGAAGAGGAUUCCAUUCUUUAGUUUUGUUGGGCGCAGCCGACGAAGACGCCUUGGAAUUAACGCAUAGCUUUCCUCUGGCACAAAGGCACGUGCACUCCUUGUCAUUGAGGUGCUGCGCUGUGACUGAUAGAGGUUUGGAAGCCAUGCUGGAUCAUUUGCAGGCCUUGUUCGAACUUGAAUUAGCUGGUUGCAACGAGAUAACAGAAGCUGGUCUUUGGGCUUGUUUAACCCCAAGAAUAGUUUCACUGUCGUUAUCAGAUUGCAUUAACGUUGCGGAUGAAGCUGUCGGUGCCGUAGCUCAGCUUUUACCAAGCCUCUACGAGUUUUCUCUUCAAGCUUAUCACGUAACUGACGCUGCACUUGGAUAUUUCAGUCCAAAACAAAGCGGAUCGUUGAGCAUACUUAGACUUCAGUCUUGUUGGGAGCUGACGAAUCACGGCGUUGUUAAUAUUGUACAUUCCUUGCCCAACCUCACUGUACUUUCGCUGUCUGGAUGCAGCAAAGUUACGGACGAUGGCGUUGAAUUAAUAGCGGAGAAUUUGCCCAGGCUUCGUUCGUUGGAUCUAAGUUGGUGUCCUAGGAUAACUGAUGCGUCUCUGGAGUGCAUCGCGUGCGAUUUGAAUCACUUAGAAGAGCUUACGUUGGAUAGAUGCGUUAAUGUCACGGAUAUUGGCGUCGGUUACAUUUCUACGAUGGGUUCAUUGAGUGCACUCUUUUUAAGAUGGUGUCUGCAGUUGAGAGAUUUUGGACUCCAGCAUCUAUGCAGCAUGCGAUCUUUACAAGUGCUUUCUGUUGCAGGUUGUCCACUCUUGACCAGCAGCGGCCUAUCGAGCUUGAUACAAUUGCGGCACCUCCACGAACUAGAACUAACCAACUGCCCUGGAACAUCACGCGAGCUCUUUGAUUAUCUACGAGAGCAUCUCCCACAUUGCCUGAUCAUUGAAUAAACGCCUGACGCCGAAUAUGUUCACACCGAAGGUAAACUAGAGGUAAAGGUAAGGUAAAAUUGAAACGUUUACACCGAAGGUGAAACAGGUAGAGGUAACAUCUACGACUCAGGUCACCCAUUGAAAGAAAAAUUGAAAAUCAGACAUCGU